AUGUGGUUCCACCUGAGUGGCUGCACUCAAAUCACUGUCAAGGGAGAAGCUUCAGUGGACUCAAGACACCCCCACCUGAACCUGGACCCGGGUCUGAACCUGGGUCUGAACCCGGGUCUGAACCUGGGUCUGAACCUGGUAUUCUACAGUAUUAGCACUUUGGUUUGCUCGCCGUCUUCCCGUCCAGCAGGGGUCGCUGCUGGCUCUGAACGCGGUGUCUCUGUUUACCUUCCGCUGGCUGUCUUUGUCCGCUCGGAGACUCGAGCUGUGCAGACCGGAGGACCGGAGGAGGACAGGAGGACAGGAGGACAGGAGGAGGACCAGAGCACCGGAGCACCGGAGGACAUGUCCCCCUUUUCGCCCCUGCGGGUGUCGCUCCAGCAGCGGAUCCUCUCGGCCGCUGAGCACUUCCUGCUGCAGCUGGAGGAAGCAGAAGAAGCGGCUCGAGUCCCGGCGCUGAGAGCGAUGCUCACCGAGCGGCUAACGGCGGAGAUCGUCGCUGUGUUGGAGGAAACCGUGGCGGAGUGGGAGGAGCGAGUGGAGCGGUCCCAGCGGGAGGUCUGCCGCCAGAGGAGGCUGCUGGAGGCCGUGAUGAAGCCCGAGGUCCGGCUAACAAGAGCAGAGCUGCAGCCGUCCCUGAACCUGGAGUCAGACCUGAACCAGCCUGAGCCCACGGACAGUGAUGUGUCCUCCCCACCCCCCCGCUUCCCCUCGCCACCCCCCCGCUCGCCCUCCCCACCCCCCCGCUCCCCCUCGCCCGAGUCUCCGAGCAGCGCCGGCGUCCCCAGCGACAGUGACCCCGACAGCGACUGGGCCGAGCAGCCCCCCCCCCUCAGACCUCAGAGGAAAAAGAAGAGAGGCCGACCGCCGCUUGGCGUGAAAAACAAACGCAAGCGCUCGACGCCGUCUCAGUCGUUCCAGUGUCUGGUGUGUGGCCGGGCGCUGCUGGGGAAGGGCUUCCUGCUCAAACACGUGCUGCAGGUCUGCGCCAAAGACAGACAGCACCGCUGCGGCUACUGCGGCGAGCGUCUGGACUCGGCCGGCGAGCUGAAGUCUCACCUGCAGCGCCACCGGGACACGUGCAGAACCUGCUCCUACUGUGGGAGGAGCUUCCAGUCCAUCCUGGCCCAGGAGCUGCACGUGCGCCUGCACACGGGAGAGAAGCCGUUCAGCUGCAGCGCCUGCGGCAAGAUGUUCAGCCAGAAGGGAAACCUGACGAGUCACCUGCGCGUGCACGCCGCCGAGAAACCCUUCCAGUGUCCCGAGUGUGGGCGGGCCUUCUGUCACCUGACCUCGUUAGACCGCCACCUGCAGCAGCACAAGGCCCCGGCGGUGCACCGCUGCAGCGUCUGCGCUCAGGAGUUCAGGAAGCCACACGGCCUGCGACGCCACAUGAUGACUCAGCAUCAAGACGCCGCCCACAAACCAAAGAGACUCCGCAGCUCGGUCCCCUCCUACGUCUGCAAGGUGUGCGGUGACACGUUUGGCAGGAAGUCCUUCCUCCUGAAGCACGUGGAGACUCACCUGCAGGAGCCGGCGUGCAGCUGUGGACUCUGUGGUCAACGCUACGAGUCGCCCGCCAGCCUCGCCGCUCACUUCCACUCCCACCGCGACCUCAGCAACACCUGCGACAUCUGUGGGAAGUGCUUCCCGGCCCACGCCGCGCUGCUGAUGCACAUGAGGAUCCACACGGGAGAGAAGCCCUACGCCUGCCACCUGUGCAGGAAGUCCUUCAACCAGAGCGGCAACCUGAAGAUGCACCUGAAGAUCCACAGCGGCGAGCGGGCGUUCUCCUGCAGCAUCUGUGGGAAGGGCUUCACCCAGAAGCAGACGCUGGACACGCACGUGCGCUUCCACAACAAGGAGAGGCGCUUCCUGUGCCAGGUCUGUGGGAAGGGCUUCAUGCAGGACGUGGACCUGAAGAGACACCUGCUGAUCCACACCGGGGAGAAGCCCUACGCCUGCAGGCUCUGUGGGAAGAGCUUCCAGGCCAAGCGCUCGCUCAACGGACACCUGAAGGUCCACACAGCAGGGGGCGCUGACCACGGGCCGGACCCGGACCAGGACCAGGACCAGGACCAGGACCCCGAGCCGCAGGGGACGGACAGCUGCUACUCAGGACUCCUCCAGCUGUAGAGUCCAGACUCCGGUCAGGACUCCUCCAGCUGUAGGGUCCAGACUCCGGUCCCGUCACUGCUCAGCUGGAGGAGUCGUUCAGAACUCACAGGAAACAUCAAACAGCUGCUUCCUGUUCCUGACGAGUUGAGACUCAGCUCAAGUUUCUCCUUUCGUCUGUUCAGUGACUUUUUAUACGAUUAAAGGUUCAGUUGAGAGAAUUUUUUCUCUCUCUCUCUCUCUCUCACACUCUGUCUCUCUCUCUCUCUCUCUCUCUCUCUCUCUCACACACUCUGUCUCUGUAAAGUAAAUUACUCUUUUGUAAAUAUCUUCUUAUGCUCUCAUAUUUUUAACUCUGUCAGGAAGUGUUUCACUUUUAAUAAACUUGAUUAGAAGAAGCAUAAGAAUAAAAACUCUAAAUCAAAAA